AUGAACAAGAAACAGAUGGCGAGCCAAGAGCUUCCGCAACGAAAGAAGCUGCGAAGGGGGGAAGAGAAGAAGAAGAAGAAGGGAGACGAGGACGAAGAGGAAGAGGAGGGCGGCAGAGAGUCAGCAGACAGGACGGACCUGUCGUCAGGUGGUGCGGUUAGGCGUCAGACGAAGCUGAUGGACUUGGAGCAACAUGUGCGCAACUUGGAGCGGGACAAUCUGCACCUCAAGCAAGCGUUGUUGCAAGGGACAAAUGGUGCAGGACAGACAGUGUCCGGCGCUGCUGCAACAUUAAGCCACUUGGCCGGCAGACGAGACGCGCCACCCGCGUUUGACGCCAUGGACUUGCGUGCCAGUUCAACUGCAACUGCGCAGCGCCUAUUGGCUGAACGCACGAAAGUCGUGACUGAGAUGGUGAAGCAACUUAACGCCGCGUACCUAAGUCUCAGUGACGCGUCUCGUGUGUGGCACAAAGAUUGUCGCAUAGGGGUAGGUGUUCAUGAGUGGGACGCAUUCGGCCGACUGGAGACCAUCAGUCUGUGGAACAUGAUCCGCUCGGUGUUUACGAACAUUGCCAUUGACAUUGUCGAGUUGCGACCGCAUGUCGCAGACGGGGAGAUGAUCUUGACCAAGUGGCGCGUUCAGGGCGAAAUCGCAUCGGCCGAGUGUUUGGAGAGUGUUUGUGCCUCGGAAGACUGUCCAGCGACGAUGCGCGUGGCGCUCUUGGCGAUCAAGUCGUCGGAUCUGACGUUUACGGUCACGACGUACGUGGUGUUUCAGGACCUCCAGAUUGCCGAGCAGUAUCAUAGUUGGGACCAGGUUGGCGUCUUUAAACGGCUCUUUGGGGGCGAGAUUCCACUCACGGUACGGAAUAUGCUGGUCAUUGAUGAGGAUACUAUUGCUGGUCGCAAGCAACCGCUUGACAUGUGA